AUGGCUGAUUUAUUUGCUAAUAUCGAUUUGAAGAAAGCUGAUGGUACUGUAAAGAAAGGGAAAGAAGCGCUGGCUAAUAAGAAAGUUAUAGCAUUAUAUUUCUCAGCACAUUGGUGUCCAUCAUGCCGACAAUUUACACCGAUUCUAAAAGAAUUUUACGAAGAAGUAGACGACGAUCAAUUUGAAAUAGUAUUUGUCUCGUUAGAUCAUUCGGAGGAGGAUUUGAAUAACUAUCUACAACAAUCACAUGGCGAUUGGUAUCACAUUCCCUUCGGUUCCGGCGAAAUUGAGAUACUGAAAAAAAAGUACGAAAUUCCUGGGAUUCCUAUGCUCGUUGUAAUUAAAGCGGACGGUAACGUUAUCACCAAAAAUGGCCGAGCUGACGUUUCAGGUAAAGCUCCGCCGCAAACGCUUUCGAGCUGGUUGGCAGCUGCAUAA